UAUUCCUACAGUAUUUAGUCAGCGGAACGGUCGCUUUGCAGUUUGUACCUGGAUUUUGUUCAUUUAAUAACGUUUGUGUGAAGGUUUAUUAUUAUUUAAUCAUGAAGCUGUUCCUGGUUUGUCUCUUGUCUGUAUUUGCAGUUGCUACUUCAAUGAAUGUGAAAUUUAAAGAUUGUGGUAGUAAACUUGCAGAAGAUGUGGUGGUUGAUGUCAAGCCUUGUACUGCUGAACCAUGUUCCUUGAAGCAAGGCUCAAACUACACCAUCUCCAUGUCGUUUACUACAAAAACUAUGGUCAGUGCAAUAGGUGCAAAAAUAUACGGCGUCCUAGGCGGUGUUCCUGUUCCUUUCCCUUUUGACCACCCUAAUGCUUGCGAGGAUUCUGGAUUGAAUUGUCCGUUGCAAAAUGCUACCAAAGCUACAUACACAGCAACGUUGCCUAUCAAAUCUGAAUAUCCUGCGAUAAAACUCUAUGUCAAAUGGGAACUAGUUGACAACGACAAAGAAAACAGCGACCAAGACCUGACAUGCGUGGAAAUACCUGUUGCAGUUGUUGCCUCUAAUUCUGUCGAACCAAAGCUCGAGUUUGGUGCCCAUAAGGUUAAAGUUGUUCGAAAUGGAAAUGGAUAUUGGUAAUUCAUUUGACAGAAUAUGUGUGAUUUUUAGCAGGAUGGGAAUAAAAUUAAUAUUACAGUGAAUUGAAAAUAGAUUUUCAUUGUGAUUUCUCAAAUAGUAUUUGCAAUGGGAAUAUAUUUUUUGUGAUUUAUGAAAUGAAAUUUUCAAUAGGAACAUUGUUUAUUGUGAUUUAUAAAAUAGGAAUCUCAUUGGAAAUUUUUUUUUCGUGAUUUCAUAAGUAUAACAGUCUUUAUGCAUUUUUGUUGUAUCUCAUAAAAUCCAAACCAAAUUACAAUAAAUGGGUUCAUUUUCAUCAUUAAUGAAUUCGCUUUUAGUUAGGGAUAAGAUUCGGCCCACUCUGCUCUUGAUGGGCAAAUUUCAGGACAGCGUUUGAUUUUUUUUUGGCCUAAUAAGUGUUUUUUGUGUGUGUGAAAAGUUCAUAGCUAACUGGCAGAAUUUUUUUGUUGGUUUUGUUCGUUCAACCAUCAAAUCUUUACAUCUUGUAUGCAAUUUUGUAUUGAUUAGCUUUUUCAUUUACCCGUAGUUCAUUGAAUAAUUAAUUUGAUAUUCUUGUUGUGUUAUUUUUUACAAGCUGGAAGUGUCACCAAGUAGCAAUACAAUUUAGGAUUGUGAGAUUGAAAUUUUUUGUCAUUUUGUGUAAAAAAAAAAUGUUUAUCAACUUUUCAUGGUUAUAAAUUACACCCAGAAAACUGUGAAGCAAGAAAAAUAUGACAUUAUACAAAAACUAAAUUAAAAAAAAGCUGAAUUCAUUCUGAGAUAAUGCUUUCAAAUAUUGAUUGUAUAAUAUAUUUUCAAUCAAAUCAGUGUUAAUUUUGACUUUCCAGCGUUUUCAAAUUCAUUGAAGGGUGACACAAAAAUCGGAACCGAGGCCAUUUGGAACAUUCCGCUUUUAUUGUGUCACCCUGACUUAUACAUGUUUCACGACCCAAUUUAUAAUACUUUCGAUAUUUUUAAACAUUAUUUCAGAAUCUAUUAGGAAGAUCAGUUAUUUGGUUUUGGCGAUCAAUAGUAUCCAUUUUCAAUUCGUGAAAACAUGAUUUUCUCUCAAAUAUUGAAUAAAUGAAGCUUUCGACCAUCCCCGCUUAGUAUCGUAUUUGUUAGUUUUUUUGUGAAAUUAUCAGUAUAUCGUGAUUCAAUGCCAAUAUGAUUGAAUUUUUUUUUUGAUGAAUUAAAUAUCUGUAUAACAAAUUAAA